UUGACAGUUUUUCACGGCGAGGUAAAUAUCUUGAAGCGGAAAAUCAAUACACUGAAUAUCAUUUUUUAGUGUUAUAUAUUUUCAUCAAUAAAUCUACAACAAUGUCGCAAGCUAUCACAAGAAGUGGUGAUAAAAAUCAAGAUGAGAAAAUUCUCAUGCCUUACACGUACAUUCAGCAAGUACCAGGGAAACAGAUAAGAACGAAGCUAGCUUCCGCAUUCAACUACUGGCUCAAGAUAUCUGAAGAGAAGCUGAGACUAGUCGGUGAUAUUGUACAAAUGCUACACAAUGCCAGUUUAUUGAUCGACGACAUUCAAGACAACAGCAUCUUACGGCGCGGAAUACCGGUAGCCCACUCCAUCUAUGGUGUCGCGAGCACCAUCAACGCUGCGAACUAUGCUAUGAUCAUAGCCCUCGAGAAGACUUUGGAGCUUGGCCAUCCAUUGGCAACGACUGUGUACACCGAACAGCUGUUGGAACUGCAUCGAGGUCAGGGCAUGGAGAUUUACUGGCGGGACAACUUCCAGUGUCCCUCUGAAGACGAAUACAAACAGAUGACCAUCAAAAAAACCGGUGGACUGUUCAUGCUAGCGAUACGACUGAUGCAGUUGUUUAGCGAGAACAAAUCGGACUUCACCAAUCUGUCCGCCGUGUUGGGGUUGUAUUUCCAGAUCCGCGACGAUUACUGCAACCUGUCGAUGAGGGAGUACACAGAGAACAAGAGUUACUGCGAGGACCUCACGGAGGGGAAGUUCAGCUUCCCCAUCAUACACGCCAUCAGGAGUCAGGAGGACGACAAACAAGUCCUUCAUAUCCUCCGCCAAAGGACACGGGACGUUGAAGUGAAACGUUACUGCAUCACGCUGUUGGAGAAGUUGGGCAGCUUCCGGUACACGAGGGGGAUCCUGAACGAUCUGGACGCGCGCGCCAGGGAGGAGGUCGCCCGUCUAGGCGGCAACCCACAGCUGGAGGCGCUGCUGGACGACCUGCUAACUUGGAGACAGGAAGGCGACGACGCUAACGAUCAAAUGAACUACGUUUGAGCGCAACUAAAGAUGAGCUUAAUUUAUUAUAAAUAUAAAUUAUUCCAAAUACAAAUAGUGAGGGUAGUUGAAUUUGUUCCUUAAAUUUUAGCGAAACUUUUGCUAGUGUUAUAAACAGAAAUAUAUAUCGAGAAGUGAAAGGUUAUUUGAUUUAAGGGACAUCUUUGAAAAUUACUGGUGGUAGGACCUCUUGUGAGUCCGCG